CAGCAUUCUUAAGUAAAAUUCUUAUUGACCAAAUGUUAAAUUGGUAUUUUGCCGCCAAACUGACGACUCAAACAUAAAUAAAUACAAGAUACAAAUUAAAUAAAACAUUUCAAGAUGACCACAGACGAAAGAAACUUUCGAUCGAGUUACUAUGAGAAGGUUGGCUGUUUCAGUGUCGAGGAGGUGAAAUCCCUAAACAAGUUGUUACAAGAUGACAUUCGCAAUGUGACUAAACUGAAGCACUUCGUCCACAAUUACACUGUUCCAGCACUGCAAAGGCAUUUGCUUUGGUGUCUCAUCAUGGGCAUAAUGCCGCUGCAUAAAAGCAAUACCGAGUACGUGCGAGAACAACGACGCCAGGUUUAUGAAGAUCUACUACGCGCUGUUACUGUGAUGCGCUGCUUGGAUUCGUCGGAUUCCUGUAAAUCUAAGGAGAUUGUGCUGCAUAAAAUGUGGAUGUUGGAGAACAAUCGAUUGCAUAGCAAUGUGCGAGCGGAUGACAAUCAAUUUAUAGAGAUUGUGCGCGCACUACUGCAGAUAUUUGACGAUGAUGUAGACACCUAUUGGAUGGCCAAGGAGUUCUAUCAGUACACUCGUGAAUUAAAGAAGGAAUGCGCCAAGCUCAAGGAGCUAACGCAAGCACUGCUCAAGCGCGAAGACAAGGAAUUAUUCGAUCGAUUGGAUAAGCUGGGGUUGUUUGGCGAGAGCUCUGAACUGCUAGACAAUUGGUAUACAACAUGUUUUGCCGGUGUCAUCUGCGAAACAGUAUUGGUAAAGAUCUGGGACAAAAUUUGUGGCGGCGAUAAGAAGAUUGUCGUUUUCCUUUUUGUCGAGCUGGUGAAGAACAUCAGAUCACUGAUACGUGAUAAGAAUUCCCUAGACGAAGUCAAAGCUGCCGUUGAAAAGGUCAAAGAUCUGGAUGGACUGAUAGUUAAUAAAGCCAUAAAAUCAUGGCAAAGCAAUAAUGGUGAACUUAAAUACGCGCAUUGAGUUAAACGAUUAAGUAGCUGUAGUAUUAGAAGUGUAUUUUGUUGUAGAGUGUACUAAAUAUAUUUAAAGACAACGUC